GAAGAGUCUAGGCUGGCGUGCAAAGCAUUGGAAAUCAUCAUGAGAGAUCUUUCUCCUCCUCCUCCUCCUCCUCCUUCUUCUGCAUCAUGUUUCUAUGGGUAUAACGCGAAGUCUGUGGUGUUUUGUAUAUUGUUUCCUCUGGUGUUGGUUUCUUUGGGGUUAUUUGCCUUGGAUUCUAGGAGUUAUGCCUCCUGGUUCUCCUCUUAUGCUUCUUCCCUAACUAGGAACGCAACGGGAAGUUGGGGUGCUCUCUCGGUUUCCUCUCGCUCUUCUAGAGGUGGUUCUGGUAGAAGCUAUGAGGGGCCUGUGGAAUUCGAGAAGGAAGUACAUACUUCUGGUCAUGGUUCUUAUUUUUCUCCGGUGCCCGUCGGAGCGCCGAGCCCGGCACCGGAACCGGCAGCACCAGUCUUUCAGGGCUCUACUCCGAACAAUACUAGAAGAGCAAGGAUAAAAGAUACAAAGCUAGAGAGACUUGAAUUUGGUCUUGCGAGAGCUCGAGCUGCAAUUAGAGAAGCUGCUCGAAAUCCAAACCGGACAGCAUUAGUGGAUAAAGAUUAUGUUCCUAUAGGCCCAGUAUACAGAAAUGCCUAUGCGUUUCAUAAGAGUUACUUGGAAAUGGAGAAGUUGUUCAAGGUAUUUGUUUACGAAGAAGGUGAACCACCAAUAUUCCAUGAUGGCCCCUGCAGGAGUAUAUAUUCCACAGAGGGAUUCUUUAUAAACAACAUGGACAUGGAAAGCCGGCUGAGAACAAGAGAUCCUGACCGAGCUCAUGUGUUCUUCCUUCCAUUCAGUGUAGUUAGGAUGGUUCAAUACAUUUACCCCCGUGAUCACCAUGAUAUGAGACCCUUGAGAAAGACUGUCCUGGAUUAUAUCAAUCUCAUCUCCGGCAAAUACCCAUUCUGGAACAGGAGUCUUGGCGCAGAUCAUUUCAUGCUUUCAUGCCAUGACUGGGGGCCUUAUGCCUCAGGCGGCCAUCAUCAUCUGUUCGUCAACUCCAUUCGUGUCUUGUGCAAUGCGAACACAUCGGAGUGGUUCAAUGCUUCGAGAGAUGUAUCACUUCCAGAGAUGAACGUGAGAUCCGAUGUCAUCAAAGUUGGAGGACCAUCUGCUUCAGGCCGUCCAAUCCUUGCCUUCUUCGCCGGAGGAAACCACGGGCCGGUUCGGCCGGUGCUUCUGAAGCACUGGAAGGGCAAAGAUAAUGAUGUUCAGGUCCAUGAGUACCUCCCCAAAGGAGUGUCCUAUGUUGACUUGAUGAAGAAGAGCAAAUUCUGCCUUUGCCCAAGUGGCUAUGAAGUUGCUAGCCCAAGAAUCAUGGAGGCAAUCUAUUAUGAGUGCGUGCCGGUUACGAUUAAUGCCAAUUAUGUGCUGCCAUUGAGUGAUGUUCUUAACUGGAAGGCCUUCUCAGUCCAGGUCUCAGUUGAGGACAUCCCAAAACUUAAGAACAUUCUGAUGAGCAUAUCACCAAGGCAGUACAUAAGGAUGCAGAGGAGAGUGAAGACAGUGCAGAGGCAUUUCAUGAUGAAUGGCCCUCCGCAGAGGUUUGAUUUGUAUCAUAUGCUCCUUCACUCAAUAUGGCUGAGAAGACUAAACAUUCGCAUUCAUCUCCAGGAUUAAUUCUUUCCAAGUAACGUGGAGUUUUGGUACAUUGGAAAAGCUUGAUAGCUGCAAAUGCAGAGGAAAAUAAACUGAUAAUUGUUCUAUUGAUUAUAUUAUAGUCUCUCAAAUUUACUGAUUUUUUUUUUUUCUGGAUUUUUAUCAUAGUUCAGUGGAUUCCAUUCUUUGCAACAAAUGGGCGUUAAAUACUCUCUUGAAUGUAAAUAUUUCACUCUUGGAACGGAGCUGAAUGAAUGCUAUUCUUUUCGCCA